UGUGGAUCUACGCGGACCUGGUUGGACAUAAUUGAUUCCCAAUGUGGUCUAGUAAGUAACGGGAGUUGGCGUUUCGGACGCGCCGCGGGCUCUUGGGGGGCAUUGGAAUCCUCACCAUGCUAUACCAGAACAAUUAGCCGAAUGAGCUAUUGCCAUAGGACAUCUUAAUUGUCCAAUCUCUACUAGUCACCUUUGAUAAAGAUCACCGGAACAACCAGUAUUGGACGGCCGAAUCCUCACGGAAGUCGGCUGGACCGGGGAGAUGAGCUAAAAAAUCGCCAUUUGCAAGGUCUUGGACCCUCUCCAACUACAAGGUCCCUUUUUGAAUGUUGAGGAUAGGGAUAUUUUUGUCCUUCCUGGACUGGAGGUGAAAGGUAUCGGACCUAUUGGUCUGCCGAUCUCCCCACGCGACGCAAGAGCUCUCAUUACUGCCCAGUCGUCCCAGGGCGGAGUUCGAAACCCUGAAAACCACAUGUGAGGCCCACGCUCCAACGAGCUAGGAGUUAGAUGCGGAUUGGUUCACCUUGACGAAUCCCGCCUGGAAGACUGAGUUGCAAGUGUUGCUUACCAAGGCGCUUUCCAAAUUAGAGCUGAGUGCUCGUGCGAGUGAGGUCGAGAUAAGGCCGCACAAAAUUUUCAUCGACGAGAAUGGUGCCAUGCCCGUACCUCAUUCGGUCUCCAAGGAGGACAGUGGCAUGUUUGGGACUUUGUCUGUCUGUCUUCCGUCAAAAAAUGAAGGCGGUGAUGUGAUUGCUACAUGGAAAGGGAAAUCGGCCACUUUCAAGACCGCCAGUCGUUCGGCAUACAGAAUGACAGAUGCCAUAUGCUAUACGGACGUGAUCCAGGACCUCCGGUUAUAGGAUUGUAGUGUGCUACAACCUGUAUCAUGCCGCCUCGGCAGCUCUGCUGGGCGUCAAGUGUCUCUGGGAACAACUUGUCCCUCUAUUUGGAGAAUGGGACAAACGCGCGACAGCGCAAGGGUACAAUUGGAUGCUUCGCGAUUGCCCAACAGCCCGGUUGCAUAUCUUAAAUCACCAAUACCUGGAAAGUGACUUGAGUUUUGACCGGCUUGAAGGUUUCGAAAAAGCGCAAGUAGCAGGCCUGCAGAAAGCAUGUGAUAUAGAGGGGAUGGGAAUGUUCCUGGCGACCUUUGUAGAAGAGGCAUCUGAGUCGGAUGAUGAUGCUUGUCACUCCACUAGAUCACUUAUCCCAUGUGGUCAAGUUCCCAGGGCCAGUCUCUCCCGGGUGAUUGACACUUCGGACAGCAUAGUCGUGGAGGGAAUGAAGAUCAAGGGCGACAUUUUCUUAGAUUACGAGGCUCUCCAUCAUAGUCCAAACACAGUGGUUACAGACAGUUGAUUGACGACACCCAACCCAUCUACAGCGCGCUGAUCAAGCAUGCAAGACAACUCCCGGAGGACAAAAAGUCCACCGCGUUUGACUAUGCCCUACCCCAAUUUCUCAUAUACCUAUGUGACUGGUUAGUUUUGAACCCGAGAUUCCACAUCAACCCUACGAAACCG